AUGAACUCGGUCUUCUUGAGAACACUCGGAAUAUCCAGGCCCUUACUCUGGCCACCAUCACUCUCUCGCUGCUUUUCUCUCUCCCACCCCCAUCAUGUCUCAAAAGCACAAUACGACCUCCUCCGCCUGGAUCCAAAGGCCCUUAGAGAUUACAUAGAUCGUUCUCGACAUGCACACGACCUUCGGUACCACAGUGAUCCAGUGUUCCGGGCAAAGAAGCUCAAUACUGCCAAAGCUUGGCGUGACAAGUACAAGCAAGGCCAGCGUUAUCGUUUCAGUCAGCUUUUGAGGCAUUGGAUACGCAGAUUGCCAUGGUUUCGCGAUGAAUUGCCGUGGAAGACCUAUCGGCCUGUUUGCUACGAUCGAUCGACCGAGCACUAUUGCACUGGUUGUGCGUGGACGAGACGGGGAGGCAACAGAGUGUGGUGGAAAUCCACGGACAACGAUAGCUAUCUCUGCCAUGCUUGUCGGAUACCUGUCAAUCCGGACUGGAAUGAUAUAAUGCCUGAAGGUUAUGCCGAUAUCAAAUGCUUGAAGGAUCUCAAAGCGCGAAAGGAGCAGCUGGAAGCCGAAGCUCAUUCAACAAAGGAUAGUUGA